AUGUUCCAACCUAGCGCUCUUCUGCUCGCGGCAAUUGCCCUUUUUAUUCCCAGUGCUUUAGCUGGCGAGGGAGUGCAUCUUGCCAACUGUGGCCCCAAUGUCGGUUCACCAAUAACCAGUGUCAUCGCCUAUUACCCAGAUGACUCCAAGUCAAACACUGCACCGCUUUCACAGAACAUUGCCUUUGCCACUAAUCCUGAACGCGUGGUGACUUGGGAGGGGAACUCUUAUACUGCCAGCUUCGCAACCGGAAACACCUUUACGACUCAUAUCCAAUCGGGAAGCUUCAGUUUUGGCCAGUAUGCGGGGACUGGAAAUAACCAACAGAGACAGUUUGUUUGCUUCAGAGACAACAACAGGCAGCUUUGGCGAGCGUCGGAUGCGUAUGCUUGCUUCAGCAUUUACUACUGCCUUGACGCCUAA